AUGACUUUGCAUAGCACUGCUAAAGACAAGCAGCAUUCAAAGCUAGUUUCUUAUACUGCUGAAGGUCAAGAUGAAGAAAUGAGUGAUUCUGAUGAAAGCAGAUCAUCAUCUGAUCAGAGGGAGGAUUCCCUGGAAAGGAUAAUUAAACCAGAAGUCCCACCAUUGUCCCCAGUUUCAUUUCAUCGUAGUUUGCUUAAUUUAAAAUCACACGAAAUAGAACUUCCUGUUGAGCAAACUGGAAGAUGUUCCAAAGCAUUGCAGGAAAAAAUUGGUGAGUUGUAUGAAAAGAAAAAAGAAGGCAAAGAUAUGAAUGCUUCUAUUCAGAGGAGGAAAGAUUUCAGAAAUCCUAGCAUAUAUGAAAAGUUAAUUCAAUUUUGUAACAUAGAUGAGCAAGGAACAAAUUAUCCUCCUGAAAUAUAUGAUCCUCAUUGUUGGGGACCUGAAUCAUUUUAUGAAGAACUAGCAAAAAGACAGAAAGAGGAAAUGGACAAAAGAGAAAAGGAAAAGAAAGAAAGGACAAAGGUUGAAUUUAUAUCUGGUACAGUAAAAAAAACUUCAGACUCAAGUGCUGAUGCGGGUAAACGUAAAAGCAAAUGGGAUGUUGGUAUGAAUCAGAUGCCUGCAGCUGCUCUGAAACCUGCUGCUCUUAUUACUCCCUCUGUCUUGCCUGUGCCAACGGGAACAAAACCAACAGUCAUAUCGGCUUUUGGAACAAUAACAAAAAAAGUGAAACAGUAAAAUGCCAAGAACCUAUUUUCAAUUUUAAAACAGUGAAUGACAACACUGUUUUGCAGCAACCUUCGAAAGAUAAGGAGCUCUGAAGGUUGUUUAAAGACAUCGUAAACAACAUUGUGCAUAGCACAAAACUAAGCAGGAGUUUGGACUAAUUUUUACUCUGCAUUACAUUUUAUAGAAAUGUUGUGUGUGCUUACCAUUAGUGUUUUGUUGUGAAGACAAGUUUUAUUGUAUAUUAUGUACUCUCCUGUACAAAUGUUAUGUAAUGUUAUAAUUUGGGUUUUGCACUUUUAGAUUACCUUGUGGAAGAUUUUCUACUAUGAGAGCUGAAGAUGAUAAGAAUGAAAUUGUACAUGCUAUUAAUUUAUAAAUAUCUUUUCAUAUGUAGAUUUUUUCUAUUUGUUGUAGUUGUUUCAUUACAGUUUAGACUGAUCUUAAAGAAGGCAUUUUUUGAUUAUUACCCAUCAGAAGGCAAUAUUGAUCAAUAUUUCACAUUUUGCGUGUUCUAUUGGGAUAAUAAAUAGAUGAAUAAACUAAAUUUAAACCAGAAUAUGGAAGAACCUUGUUUAUCCGGAUUAACUCAGACAAAAGGCAAUCUGGAUAAUAUGGGUUUUCAUAACAAAUCCUUACAUAACCUUACUCACUGUUUUUUACGAUAAAAAACAAUAUUUUGUAAUAAAAUUCCAUUUCAAAAAAUUGCAAAACUCUUAAAAAUAAUUUUUCACUUUUCCUAACACACAAUCAAUCCACUCAUCUGUUUCAAAUACUUGUGACUUUUGAAUAAAUUACAGAAAGGCAAAUGCUUUACUAUUAGUAGUUUAGCUAAGUUGGUGUUGGGCUGAUGCUCCAAGUUCAUCAUAAUAAUUUUUAAAUUACUACAAUUUAUUGUACAAUCUAUGCAGGAGCAGUACAUAUUACAGAAAAACAAAUGCUUGGCAAACUUACAGCUAUGUGAAUAUGAAAUGUUUUGUUCACAGUUUUUUUUUUUACUAGCUGCGUCGCCUGGCUUUGCACGGUCUACCUUGAAAAUAAAAGUUACGUCAAGUGAGGCGUGUUCAACAAACUUGGGCAAAAAAAAUCUAAAAUUUCUCGACGGAUUGCUGAAAAAUAACUAAAAAGGAAAAAAAUUUAAUCCCCCAAUUACAGGAAAAGCCUCAAAGCAAAAGCCAGGAUUUUAUUUGUUCAUAUUCAAGAAAAAAAAUGGCAACAAAUCUUUCUUCUCGAUGAUUUUCUUCAUGCUACAAAUUUUAAUAAAAGCAUUGUUCAACAAUGACCGUGAUUAACAAUGAAUUUCAAAUUGAAAGCUUGCCUAUAUUUUAGCAUGAAAUUCGUCAAAAACAGUUAUAAUUCAUAUUCUAAUUACAUUGGAAUAAAUUUUAUCUAAUACUAAAAAAUCGGGUGUCUUUGGAUAUUUUGUUCUAAUUUUUGCAAGCAUUUUUUUGCCCUGAAGUUGGAAAAAAAGCCAUUUUGGGGUCCUAAAAUUAAAAUUUGAACUGUACGAUACUGUUUUUGCGUUUGAAACCCGGCGUACGGUACUGUUUUGGCGUUCGUUAGUUUUUAGGUUGUAAAAUGUGCUGUGCUUUUAACAAAAAGUUCAGUGGAAGUUGAAUCCGUAUUACUUUGUGCUUUUUUUAAAUGUCAAAAUAAUGUUACAAAGCCAUUCAAUGAUUAAAAAAUUUUUUAAAAAGCAUUGCUAGACUAAUUUAGGCCCCCCCCUUCAGUCUUGACCUUAAUGGGAAAUUCGGUACUGUUUUUGCUUUAUUCAAGUUUCGAAUCAGGAGAACCUGUGUUGUGUCCAUUUGUAAU